GAGAGCAGAGCAAGGGAAGGGAAGGGAAAGGAAAGGAAAGGAAAGGAAAGGGUGUCCCUCGUCAGUGAAGGAAUCCGCACCGGUGCUUAAGUUAUCUCCCAGAGACGGUGUGAGGCACUCGGGCUGCUCAACCUGCUGCUGCUGCUGCUGAUCCUUCUUGCUUCUCAUUGCCUAAUGCAUUAAGAAUUCUCUCUCACCUGAUGAGCUAAAGACACAACCCACAACGACUGCAAAAUAAAGCAUUGCUGACCUCCCCUUUCAGUGACAGUGACUGACCCCAAAUAUAAGCGUGACUUUUCUGAAAACGUCCUACCUGACUCAGAAUAAUGGAUAUAAAAGAUAGAAGACACCGUUCUCUGACAAGGGGCCGUUGUGGAAAGGAAUGUCGCUAUACAAGUUCUUCACUGGACAGUGAAGACUGCCGAGUACCAACUCAGAAGUCUUACAGCUCAAGUGAGACGCUGAAGGCGUAUGAUCAUGACACCAGGAUGCACUAUGGAAAUCGAGUUUCUGACCUGGUUCACAGGGAGUCAGAUGAGUUUCCAAGGCAAGGAACAAACUUCACCCUUGCAGAACUAGGAAUCUGUGAGCCCUCUCCUCAUCGAAGCGGCUACUGCUCAGACAUAGGAAUACUCCAUCAAGGCUAUUCCUUAAGCACCGGCUCUGAUGCUGACUCAGACACGGAGGGAGGAAUGUCUCCGGAACAUGCCAUCAGGCUGUGGGGAAGAGGGAUCAAAUCCAGGCGAAGUUCCGGUCUGUCAAGUCGUGAAAACUCAGCUCUCACGCUUACCGACUCCGACAAUGAAAAUAAGUCAGAUGAGGAAAAUGAUUUUCACACACACCUUUCUGAGAAAUUGAAAGACAGACAGACAAGCUGGCAGCAGCUGGCUGAGACAAAGAACUCUCUAAUACGUCGUCCCAUUCCACCUACAUCCUCGUCUAGCCUUCUCCCAUCUGCUCAGCUGCCCAGUUCUCAUAAUCCUCCACCAGUUAGCUGCCAGAUGCCAUUGCUAGACAGCAAUACGUCCCAUCAAAUCAUGGACACCAAUCCUGAUGAGGAGUUCUCUCCUAAUUCAUAUCUGCUAAGAGCGUGUUCAGGGCCACAGCAGGCUUCCAGCAGUGGCCCUUCAAAUCAUCACAGCCAGUCAACGCUGAGGCCACCUCUCCCUCCUCCUCACAACCAUUCACUGUCCCAUCAUCAUUCCUCUGCCAACUCCCUCAACAGGAACUCGCUCACAAAUCGCCGGAACCAGAUCCACGCGCCUGCUCCGGCGCCCAACGACCUGGCCACCACCCCCGAGUCCGUGCAGCUCCAGGACAGCUGGGUGCUCAACAGCAACGUCCCGCUCGAGACCAGGCAUUUCUUGUUUAAGACAUCUUCUGGAACUACUCCGCUGUUCAGUAGUUCUUCCCCUGGUUACCCGUUGACCUCAGGAACAGUUUAUACUCCACCUCCCAGACUGUUACCUAGAAAUACGUUCUCCAGGAAUGCAUUCAAGCUGAAAAAACCCUCCAAGUAUUGUAGCUGGAAAUGUGCUGCUUUAUCUGCAAUUGCUGCUGCAGUCCUGCUUGCCAUCCUGCUAGCAUAUUUCAUAGCGAUGCACCUCCUGGGGCUCAACUGGCAGCUCCAGCCGGCGGACGGACACACCUUCAACAACGGCCUGAGGGCGGGCGCCGGCCCCGGCCCCGGCCCCGGCCCCGGCCCCGGCCCCGGCCCCGGCCCCGGCUCGGCGGGCGCGGAGGACGUGCCGACGGCGCCAUCUGGAGGCAGAGGACCAUGGGUCACUAGGAAUAGCAGCAUAGAUAGCGGAGAAACAGAAGUUGGCCGCAGGGUCACCCAGGAAGUACCCCCUGGAGUUUUUUGGCGGUCUCAGAUCCAUAUCAGCCAGCCACAGUUCCUGAAGUUCAACAUAUCCUUAGGGAAGGAUGCUCUUUUUGGUGUUUAUAUAAGAAGAGGACUCCCACCAUCACAUGCCCAGUAUGAUUUCAUGGAACGCUUGGAUGGCAAAGAGAAAUGGAGUGUGGUGGAGUCCCCACGGGAACGUCGAAGUAUUCAGACCCUUGUUCAGAAUGAGGCUGUGUUUGUUCAAUACUUGGAUGUGGGUUUGUGGCACCUGGCAUUUUACAAUGAUGGGAAGGACAAAGAAGUGGUCUCUUUCAGUACAGUUAUUUUGGAUUCAGUGCAAGACUGCCCACGUAAUUGUCAUGGGAAUGGCGAGUGUGUUUCAGGUGUCUGCCACUGUUUUCCAGGAUUUCAUGGAGCAGAUUGUGCUAAAGGACGGCGCCACUUUAAUAAGUAUAAAAAGAAGGCUGCCUGCCCGGUUCUGUGCAGUGGCAAUGGUCAGUACUCUAAAGGCACCUGCUUAUGCUACAGUGGCUGGAAAGGUCCAGAAUGUGAUGUACCCAUCAGCCAGUGUAUUGAUCCUUCAUGUGGAGGUCAUGGUUCCUGCAUCGAAGGGAACUGUGUCUGUUCUGUUGGCUAUAAAGGAGAAAACUGUGAAGAAGUUGAUUGCUUAGAUCCAACGUGCUCCAACCACGGAGUCUGUGUGAAUGGAGAAUGUCUCUGCAGCCCAGGGUGGGGUGGAAUAAAUUGUGAGCUUCCCAGAGCCCAGUGUCCAGACCAGUGUAGUGGGCACGGUACCUACCUGUCUGACACAGGUCUUUGUAGCUGUGAUCCCAAUUGGAUGGGUCCUGACUGCUCCGUUGAAGUGUGCUCCGUAGACUGCGGCACUCACGGGGUGUGCAUUGGCGGAGCAUGUCGCUGCGAAGAAGGGUGGACAGGAGUGGCGUGUGACCAGCGUGUGUGUCAUCCCCGUUGUACGGAGCACGGAACUUGUAAAGAUGGGAAAUGUGAAUGCAGAGAGGGCUGGAAUGGGGAGCACUGCACCAUUGGUAGGCAAACGACAGGCACCGAAACAGAUGGCUGCCCUGAUUUGUGCAAUGGCAACGGGAGAUGCACGCUGGGUCAGAACAGCUGGCAGUGUGUCUGCCAGACCGGCUGGAGGGGGCCUGGAUGCAACGUUGCCAUGGAAACCGCCUGUGCCGACAACAAGGAUAACGAGGGAGAUGGCUUGGUUGACUGCCUAGACCCAGACUGCUGCCUCCAGUCUACUUGCCAAAACAGCCUGCUGUGCCGGGGUUCACGUGAUCCUCUUGACAUCAUACAACAGAGCCAUUCUGGUUCGCCAACUGUGAAGUCAUUCUACGAUCGCAUCAAGCUCUUAGUGGGGAAGGACAGUACUCAUAUCAUCCCAGGAGAAAAUCCCUUCAACAGCAGUCUUGUGUCUCUCAUAAGAGGCCAAGUGGUGACUACAGAUGGAACUCCUCUAGUUGGGGUCAAUGUGUCAUUUGUCAAGUAUCCAAAGUAUGGCUAUACCAUCACUCGUCAGGAUGGCACGUUUGACUUGGUUGCAAAUGGCGGAGCAUCCCUAACCUUGCACUUUGAACGGGCCCCAUUUAUGAGUCAGGAAAGGACAGUAUGGUUGCCAUGGAAUAGUUUCUAUGCCAUGGACACACUUGUGAUGAAGACAGAGGAGAACUCCAUUCCCAGCUGUGAUCUAAGUGGUUUUGUCCGUCCUGACCCAGUCAUCAUUUCAUCACCACUUUCAACUUUCUUCAGUGAUGCUCCUGGCCGGAAUCCCAUUGUACCAGAAACCCAGGUUCUUCAUGAAGAAAUUGAGAUCCCUGGCUCUAGUAUAAAGCUCAGCUACCUGAGUUCCCGUACUGCUGGAUACAAAUCCUUACUUAAGAUCACCAUGACUCAGUCACUUGUGCCGCUGAAUCUAAUCAAAGUCCAUUUAAUGGUAGCAGUAGAAGGGCAUUUGUUUCAAAAAUCAUUUCAGGCAUCUCCCAACUUGGCAUAUACAUUUAUCUGGGACAAAACAGAUGCAUAUGGUCAGAAGGUUUAUGGGUUGUCAGAUGCUGUAGUUUCUGUGGGUUUUGAAUAUGAGACUUGUCCCAGUCUCAUUUUAUGGGAGAAGAGGACAGCACUGCUGCAAGGAUUUGAACUAGAUCCUUCAAAUUUAGGAGGAUGGUCUUUGGAUAAACAUCAUGUACUUAAUGUCAAGAGUGGUAUAUUGCACAAAGGCAAUGGAGAAAAUCAGUUUCUAACUCAGCAGCCGGCUGUGAUAACCAGCAUUAUGGGGAAUGGGCGCCGAAGAAGCAUAUCUUGUCCUAGCUGCAAUGGUCUGGCAGAAGGAAAUAAGCUUUUGGCCCCUGUAGCACUGGCAGUGGGUAUUGAUGGAAGUCUCUUUGUUGGAGAUUUUAACUAUAUUCGGCGUAUCUUCCCAUCCAGGAAUGUUACCAGUAUAUUGGAGCUGAGAAAUAAAGAGUUUAAACAUAGCAACAAUCCCGCUCAUAAAUACUAUCUGGCCGUGGACCCUGUUUCAGGCUCACUGUACGUAUCGGACACCAAUAGUCGACGGAUAUACAAAGUCAAGUCGCUCACUGGCACGAAAGACCUAGCUGGUAACUCUGAAGUGGUAGCAGGGACUGGAGAGCAAUGCCUGCCCUUUGACGAAGCCAGAUGUGGGGAUGGAGGGAAGGCAGUGGACGCAACCCUAAUGAGCCCUCGAGGAAUUGCAGUGGAUAAGUAUGGACUCAUGUAUUUUGUUGAUGCCACUAUGAUUAGAAAAGUGGAUCAGAAUGGAAUUAUAUCAACCCUGCUGGGCUCCAAUGACCUAACUGCUGUUCGACCUCUCAGCUGUGAUUCCAGCAUGGAUGUCACCCAGGUACGGCUGGAGUGGCCUACUGAUCUCGCUGUCAAUCCCAUGGACAACUCACUUUAUGUCCUAGAGAACAAUGUUAUUUUACGGAUCACAGAAAAUCAUCAAGUUAGCAUUAUUGCUGGACGCCCCAUGCACUGCCAGGUUCCUGGUAUAGACUACUCUCUUAGCAAACUGGCUAUUCAUUCUGCACUUGAAUCAGCCAGUGCCAUUGCCAUCUCACACACAGGAGUUCUUUACAUCAGUGAGACAGAUGAAAAAAAAAUUAAUCGGCUACGCCAGGUAACUACCAAUGGAGAAAUAUGCCUUCUUGCAGGGGCAGCUUCAGACUGUGAUUGCAAAAAUGAUGUCAACUGUAAUUGCUAUUCUGGGGAUGAUGGGUAUGCCACUGAUGCCAUCUUAAAUUCACCAUCUUCCUUAGCUGUGGCCCCAGAUGGUACCAUCUACAUAGCUGAUCUUGGAAAUAUCCGCAUUAGGGCUGUCAGUAAAAACAGGCCCAUUCUUAAUUCUUUUAACCAAUAUGAAGCUGCAUCUCCAGGAGAACAGGAGCUGUAUGUCUUCAAUGCUGAUGGGAUUCACCAGUACACUCUCAGCCUCGUUACCGGGGAGUACUUGUACAAUUUCACCUAUAGCAGCGAUAACGAUGUCACGGAGGUGAUGGACAACAAUGGCAACUCCUUGAAGGUCCGUCGGGAUGCCAGUGGGAUGCCCCGCCAUUUACUGAUGCCGGAUAAUCAGAUUGUCACGCUGGCUGUUGGCACUAAUGGUGGACUCAAGCUAGUCUCAACACAGACCCUGGAGCUCGGAUUAAUGACAUAUAACGGAAACAGUGGUCUCUUAGCAACGAAGAGUGAUGAAACAGGAUGGACAACAUUUUAUGACUAUGAUCAUGAAGGGCGUCUGACCAAUGUAACACGUCCCACUGGAGUGGUAACUAGCCUUCAUCGAGAAAUGGAAAAGUCUAUUACCAUCGACAUUGAGAAUUCUAAUCGGGAUGACGAUGUCACGGUCAUCACAAAUCUCUCCUCUGUGGAGGCUUCCUAUACAGUUGUUCAAGAUCAAGUGAGGAACAGCUACCAGCUCUGUAAUAAUGGUACUUUGAGAGUGAUGUAUGCCAAUGGCAUGAGCAUUAGCUUUCACAGUGAACCUCAUGUCCUGGCUGGGACUGUGACUCCCACCAUAGGACGAUGUAAUAUUUCUCUACCAAUGGAAAACGGUUUAAACUCAAUUGAAUGGCGUCUGAGGAAGGAACAGAUUAAAGGCAAAGUGACUGUGUUUGGAAGAAAGCUCAGGGUGCACGGAAGGAAUUUACUGUCCAUUGAUUAUGACCGGAACAUACGCACAGAAAAAAUCUAUGAUGAUCACCGGAAAUUUACACUGAGGAUAAUUUAUGAUCAGCUGGGACGGCCUUUCCUUUGGCUACCUAGCAGUGGCCUGGCUGCUGUCAACGUGUCUUAUUUCUUCAAUGGGCGCCUGGCUGGGCUUCAGCGCGGUGCCAUGAGUGAAAGAACAGAUAUUGAUAAGCAAGGCAGGAUCAUAUCACGCAUGUUUGCAGAUGGGAAAGUUUGGAGCUACACCUAUCUAGAAAAAUCAAUGGUACUACUGCUUCAGAGUCAACGACAGUAUAUCUUCGAGUAUGAUUCUUCAGACCGACUUCAUGCUGUUACCAUGCCUAGCGUUGCUCGGCACAGCAUGUCAACUCACACCUCUAUUGGCUACAUUAGAAAUAUUUAUAAUCCUCCUGAAAGCAAUGCAUCAGUGAUUUUUGAUUACAGUGAUGAUGGGAGGAUUUUGAAAACAUCGUUUUUAGGUACUGGCCGACAAGUCUUCUACAAGUACGGAAAGCUAUCCAAAUUAUCUGAAAUUGUUUAUGACAGCACUGCAGUUACUUUUGGAUAUGAUGAAACUACAGGUGUCCUAAAAAUGGUGAAUUUGCAAAGUGGAGGAUUUUCUUGUACAAUCCGCUAUCGUAAAAUUGGUCCUCUUGUUGACAAACAAAUCUACAGAUUCUCUGAAGAAGGUAUGGUCAAUGCAAGGUUCGAUUAUACAUAUCAUGAUAAUAGCUUUCGAAUUGCAAGCAUCAAACCUAUAAUAAGUGAGACGCCUCUUCCAGUUGAUCUUUACCGUUACGAUGAGAUUUCUGGCAAAGUAGAGCAUUUUGGCAAAUUUGGAGUUAUUUAUUAUGAUAUAAAUCAAAUUAUUACUACAGCAGUUAUGACACUGAGUAAGCACUUUGAUACCCAUGGACGCAUUAAAGAAGUUCAGUAUGAAAUGUUCAGAUCCCUGAUGUACUGGAUGACUGUACAAUAUGACAGCAUGGGAAGGGUAACUAAAAGAGAACUGAAACUUGGUCCAUAUGCCAACACAACCAAGUAUACCUAUGAUUACGAUGGAGAUGGGCAACUGCAAAGCGUAGCAGUAAAUGAUAGGCCAACCUGGCGUUACAGUUAUGAUCUGAAUGGAAACCUUCAUCUCUUGAAUCCUGGAAACAGUGUCCGAUUGAUGCCUCUGCGCUAUGACCUAAGAGACAGGAUUACGCGCUUAGGUGACAUACCAUACAAAAUUGACGAUGAUGGAUUCCUGUGUCAGCGAGGCUCAGACGUGUUUGAGUACAACUCCAAAGGACUCUUAACAAGAGCUUACAACAAAGCAAAUGGGUGGAGUGUUCAGUACCGUUAUGAUGGACUCGGCCGAAGGGCUUCAUGUAAGACUAACCUGGGGCAUCAUCUACAGUACUUUUAUGCUGAUCUUCACAAUCCAACAAGGGUAACUCAUGUCUAUAAUCAUUCCAAUUCAGAAAUUACCUCUUUGUACUAUGAUCUGCAAGGCCACCUCUUUGCAAUGGAGAGUAGCAGUGGGGAAGAGUAUUAUGUUGCCUCUGAUAACACAGGCACUCCAUUAGCAGUGUUCAGCAUCAACGGCCUCAUGAUCAAACAGCUUCAGUACACGGCAUAUGGGGAGAUUUAUUAUGACUCUAACCCUGAUUUCCAGCUGGUUAUUGGGUUCCAUGGAGGGCUGUAUGAUCCUUUAACCAAACUCGUCCAUUUUACCCAAAGGGACUAUGAUGUCCUGGCUGGGCGCUGGACAUCUCCUGAUUACACCAUGUGGAAAAACAUUGGUAGAGAACCAGCUCCUUUCAAUCUGUACAUGUUCAAGAGUAACAACCCUCUUAGCAAUGAACUGGAUCUAAAGAAUUAUGUAACAGAUGUCAAAAGCUGGUUGGUGAUGUUUGGAUUUCAGCUUAGCAACAUUAUUCCUGGUUUCCCUAGAGCAAAAAUGUACUUUGUGUCACCGCCAUAUGAGUUGUCUGAGAGUCAAGCGUGUGAAAAUGGACAGCUAAUUACAGGAGUUCAGCAGACAACAGAAAGACACAACCAAGCUUUCAUGGCUCUUGAGGGACAGGUCAUAUCUAAAAGAUUACAUGCCAAUAUUAGAGAAAAAGCAGGUCACUGGUUCGCAACAACCACUCCUAUCAUUGGGAGAGGAAUCAUGUUUGCUGUGAAGGAAGGCCGUGUAACCACUGGCAUUUCCAGCAUAGCCACAGACGACAGCAGAAAGAUUGCCUCUGUCCUUAACAGUGCUCACUACCUGGAAAAAAUGCACUACAGCAUCGAGGGGAAGGAUACCCACUACUUUGUCAAGAUAGGCUCAGCUGACAGCGACCUCGUCACCCUCGCGAUGACCAGCGGGCGGAAGGUCCUGGACAGCGGAGUCAACGUCACCGUCUCCCAGCCCACUCUCCUCGUCAAUGGGAGGACUCGAAGGUUUACGAAUAUUGAGUUUCAGUAUUCCACCCUGCUGAUCAACAUCCGCUACGGACUGACCCCCGACACGCUGGACGAGGAAAAGGCGAGAGUGUUAGACCAGGCUCGGCAGCGAGCCCUGGGAUCAGCCUGGGCCAAAGAGCAGCAGAAGGCACGGGAUGGCCGAGAGGGCAGCCGCGUAUGGACAGACGGAGAGAAGCAGCAGCUUCUGAACACGGGAAGGGUUCAAGGUUACGAGGGAUAUUAUGUCCUGCCUGUGGAGCAGUACCCAGAGCUAGCAGACAGUAGCAGCAACAUCCAGUUUUUAAGACAGAAUGAAAUGGGAAAGAGGUAACAAAUUAACCUGCUGUCAUCCUUUGCUGGAUGAAUCAGUAGUCAUAACUGUUAUCUCCUCUCCUAAGGAGAUGAAGACCUAAAUGGGGGCACUAGGCUGAGCUACUCUGGGAUAGUAAGUGGCAAAAAAGCUCAUAUUUUUUGAGUUAAAUGCUACUGUUCAAGUGAUUAAAAACCACAUCCUGAAGUGGACUAAAGCCAGACUGAAAACUCUAACCGUACAAAUUAAAAAGUACCCCUGAAAUAUUACCCACUUGUUCUGGGUCUAAAGAAAAACAAAAAGAAGGCCUCGUAUUGUAUUACCUCACUCCAUUCACACGUGAGCAAACUAAGAAAUCCAAGUGGGCCACUUUCACUAACCAGCUGAUGAAACACAGAUGAUUCAGACUGCUUGUUUGAUAAAUAUCCAAGAGGUUUUCAUUUAAAGCAAAAUACAGGUGCAUUUAAAACAUGACUUUGGGGUGAUUUGUGUGUAGCAACUGGAGGACAAUGAGAAUGCAAGUGAGAGCGCACUGGAAAUAGUAAAGAAAAAUAUAUUUAAAAGUAACAAAACCACACUUGCACUCUGACCCUCCACUUGUCUGGCCUGAAUCUUAACUUAUUCAAAGAGGGCAGAGUGUAAAGUUACAUUCAAAAUGGUGGCUAUAAAUCACUACAAAUAAAUUUCAUACUCUGUUUGUCUUUGAAGAUUUCCAUUGUGGACAGUAUAACACAGUUACAGGGUGUAGUCUGUUUAGAUUCAGUAGUUUGUUGGUAUCAGUUCCAGUAGAGCUGUGGGCAUUGUGUUACACUAUUGCAAAUGGGCACCACGUCAGAUCACCCUGUACAUACAUCAGCCAGAAGGCACAAUCACUGUUUCAGAUUUAAAAAUUAUUAGUGUGUUUGUUUGGUCGAGAAACUGAGACAAUCACAUUACAGUCACCACAAAAAAAAAAAAAGAAAAAAAAAAAAGUCUAAUAAGAACUUUGGUACAAGAACUUUUUUGUAAUAUACAUGUAUGAAUUGUUCAUUGAGUUUUUAUAUUAAUUUUAAUUUGCUGCUAAGCAAAGACUAGAGACAGGCAAAGAUAAUUUAUGGCAAAGUGUUUAAAUUGUUUAUACAUAAAUAAAGUCUCUAAAACUCCUGUGAA